AUGUUCCGGUGGCUGCGACGCAAGCCCUCCAAAACCCCUUCGGAGCCCGCGGUCCCGACGGACAUUGAGGAAGACCACAUCGUUGAAGUCGUCCCGGAACAGCACAAGGUCGCUUCGCCCCGACUCCAGUCGGUCUAUCUGUCGCCCAGUGAGCGAAACCUCUACCUAGCUUCUCUGGCAGGGCUCGAGAAGCCGACCCCGUCAUUGCCGCUAUGGUCGGAACCAGCUCCGAAGAUCCCGGAGUUGAACUACCCGACGCCGAUUCCCACACCGAUGCUACCGAACAUCCCUUCCCCUAAACCACGGAGACCUCGCCUUUCUGGCAUCACGCCUGUCUCCUUUGGUCCCCGCGGCCACGCUCUUCUCACCCUCUCUGGAAACGGCGAGCUGCGAUUCGUCGGCUUCAACAAGGAGACAAUCCUCGCCGCCGAGAAGCACUUAAGCUCCUGGCACCUCGGAGUCGAAGGACGCUCGCGCCUGCCUGAGGACGGAGGGGUGUGGAGAAUCGUCCUGAAGGGCCGCGUUUGGCGUGUAAAGGGCAACAAGGAGCUGCACGCUUUUCACCAUCCUGGGCCAGCACGGGUGGACCGCGGUCGGACCCAUGGUAGCCGGUCUGGGCAAGUGCCCGACCGCAUUUCGAUCAUCUACCCUCCCGACGGUGUCUCGGGCAAGCUGAUUGACCCCGUGCGCAAUGCGAUUCUGGAGGCGAGCCCCCCGAUCGACAAGACGAGUUCGUUUACUGCGUUCAAGGAGGCGGCGAAGCGUACAAGCCAGAGCUCGGUUCGGCGUUCGAGCGCCUCGCGCAGCAGCACCGACACAGGUGGCAGCGGUGCGACCGGCGACUCUGGGUCCACUGAGCAAUCGGCGCGCGACCCCACUACCAUCAUUAAACUCGAAGGCUGGGUGCACCCGAACGUGUACCGUUUCUGGCUCGCGGGCAUGAGCCGAUGGAGUAUUAGCAAGAGCGUGAUCCUGAACACGCUCGAUUUCGGUUCCGACAGCCCGACGUCGCGCUACGCUACGCCCGACAGCGGUGCAGGGCGUCGCGAGCAGACGAUCGAGGGCGCUCUGACGAGCGCCGGAUCCGGAGGUUUCGACAUGCCCGGCGGCUUCCAGCCGCUGGAGCUCGGCUCUCUCCCCCAGGCGGUGGACAUGAGCGCGCGCCCUAGCAUCGACACAAUCAAGUCCUGGGCGACGACCGUGAACACGUCGCAGGUUAACAGCCCCGGUCGUCCUUGCAGCCCCGUUCUGACACCGCGAAGCAGCCUCGACCCUCUGGCGUGGGGCGCUCAGAGGAAGAGGGCGGGAACCCCCGUCGCCAUGGUGCGUGAGGGCAGCCACUCUCCCGAGCCGCCGAGCAGCUUCGAAGCCCGCCGCCGCCCCCAGCCCAUCAGCCCGCUGGUGUACAACGCCGUCGGCUCUGCUCCUGAUCUGCAGCACGUGACGGUCUCGGACCUUACGAGGCAGACGAGCGACUCGAGCCGCUCGUCGCGCACCACGCUCGAGAGCUCCGUCCAGUCGCACGGCUCUUACAGGUGGGAGAGGGAGGGAUGGCCCGCGGCUCGCGAGCCGGGACACGGCAGCGAGCACCGCCAGUCCCGUGAGCACAACGGGCGUCGUGAGUCACGUGAGCACCGCGACGUGCGUGAGCUCCGUGAGCGUGAGCGCCAGGAGAGGCGACACAGUCGACACACCUCGAACGGCUCCGCCAGCUCCAAGGAUAAGGGCAAGGCCCGCGCGAACGGCACGCCCGAGCCCAGCCCAGGUGAAACCAAAACAAACCUCCACCUUCGUCAGCUUUCACAACCUCCACCUUCCUCGUCCUCCGGCAUCACCUUCCCCGCCUUCCCCGCCGACCACCGUCUUCCUUCGACUCGGACCAUGGCGAGUCUAGAGGCCUGGCGUCUUAUCCUGCCCUACUGCGACUAUACGACCAAACUGUCGACUCGCCUCGUCUCCUCCUCCCUGCGGACAUGUGCAGAUGAAGCCCUCGCUUCCGGUCGGCUCUGGGCCACGUCCUCCGAAAACGACGACCUCGUAGUCCGAGGCGAGGAGGGUGUGCUUCCCUCCUCAUACCCAGACUGUACCCUCCCGAUGAUAGGAGCGAGCGAACUCCUCCUCCCGCUCGACGUGGAUGUUUCCGACCUGCUUCCGCGCUUCAAGCAAAGAACGAGAGUGGUUGCAAAUCACUACCACGACCCGCCCACCCCCACCUUGUCCUCCUCCACCUUGACUUAUGAUCUGAGGGGAAGAAGAAGGAUAGGACUUACCCUCGACCCAUUCUGUGAUUGCUCCAAUCACCUGCGACACGACGCGCGCGACGUUCACGUCCUCGUCAUGGCGCCCUCGGCACCCGUGCAGGAUUCGCCAGAAUGCGGCGUAGCUGCUGGAGUACUGGCGCCGAGUGUGAAGAGACUGAGGGUAGAGAUUGAGGGAGACCCGGCAGAUUUGGUCUUCGCGAGUAUGGCAAUGUUCACGAAGGACGUGAAGGUUCAUCCGGAGCUGGAGGUUGAGGUUGUCUUUAGGAGCUGGGCGCUCAAGACUGCUAGGAGGAGUACGAGGGAGAUGUGGGCGGGAUAUCUUGGCAUUGACGGGGAGAGGGUACGAGUGACUUGCGAGGGUGAGGAGCCGGAGGAGCAGUUGAGAGGGAAGAGGAAGCGUUUAGAGAACCAGGAGGAGAAUGCGCUGAGGAAGCGACGGCCAUUACUGUAG